CGCGUCUCGCCGCGAGUCCUCUCAUCCCAGACCGCUCUUCCACCGCCAGCAACCGCCCCCCGCCGCUCUGCCACUUCCCACCCACCCCACUAAUCCACUAUAAAUACGCGAGCGACGUCACACCGCAGAGAUGGGAAUCGCCUCCUCCUCCUCCUCGACCCCGGAAUCCAGGAAGAUGGCGCUCGCCAAGGCCAAGGAGACCGUCGCCUCCGCUCCCGUCGUCGUCUACAGCAAGUCUUACUGUCCUUUUUGCGUCCGUGUGAAGAAGUUGUUCGAGCAGCUUGGAGCAACUUUCAAGGCCAUUGAGUUGGAUGGGGAGAGUGAUGGAUCUGAGCUGCAGUCGGCACUUGCUGAAUGGACUGGACAAAGGACUGUUCCAAAUGUCUUCAUCAAUGGGAAGCAUAUUGGUGGCUGUGAUGAUACUUUGGCAUUGAACAAUGAAGGGAAGCUGGUGCCUCUGCUGACCGAGGCUGGAGCAAUUGCCAGUUCUGCAAAGACGACAAUCACCGCAUAGUUCUUCGUGGGACACUGGGACUAGCCUUCGUUGACCUCUUUAUACUGCAUCCAUUCUAUUAGAUAAUAAAGGUGGAUGUUUGUUUGGCAAGACCAUUACUUGUUGCCGUCUAGUAUCGUGUGAUAGCUAUCCUGUGCCCGUGUGAAACUCCUUGGACAUCAAUAAUAUCGUCUUUGUGAUAGCAGUUCGCUGAUA